AUGCUCUCAGGACCACGGACAGCGACAGAUAGGGCAAACCUCCCCUACUGCCACGAAUCUUUCCAUAACCUGCAGGAGCUGAGACACAGUGCCUCUCUGGCUAAUAAAGUCUUCAUCCAGAGGGACUACAGCGAGGGCACCGUCUGCAAGUUUCACACCAAGUUCCCCUCCGAGCUCGACAGCAGGAUUGAGCGGACCCUGUUUGAAGACACAGUGAAGACACUGAAUAAUUUCUACGCUGAGGCGGAGAAGAUUGGUGGUCAGUCGUAUCUGGAGGGCUGUCUGGCUUGUGCCACUGCUUACCUCAUCUUCCUCUGCAUUGAGACGCGCUAUGAGAAGGUUUUAAAGAAGAUCUCCCGGUACAUUCAGGAACAGAAUGAGAAGAUUUACGCCCCGCGAGGACUGCUCAUCACUGACCCAGUAGAGAGAGGCAUGAGGGUCGUAUCCACUCAGACUGACUCUGUGUGUGUGUGUGUGUGUGUGUGUAUGUGUGUGUGUGUGUGUGUUAUUUCCCUGACUGUGUGUGUAUAUUAG